GUUCCAAAUUGCAUCAGAAAAGCGUGGAGUGUUUAGACGAAUGGUUGUUUCUAAAUCGAAUGCGUAAAUUUUGUCAAGUCAUCUAUUGCCAGGAAUAUACGCGUAUGUUCUAGUGCUCAGUUGCAAGCAUUUAUCUCCAUAAAUAGACUCGCAGCAUAACUGUUUUCGUUAUUCGAUUAGAAGUCAGCAGCAAAGUUUGGUGCACAAAGAAGUGACUCAUCCGAGGCACGUCAUUGUGAAGGCAGGAAAUAUACGAACGACAAUCUGCUACGAUGGAGUUUCCGCAUUUGGGCAAACACUGCUCCGAGCAGCAUUGCCAUAAGCUAGAUUUUCUACCGAUGAAGUGUGAUGCUUGUGGUGCAAUCUUUUGUUCUGACCACUUCAGCUAUAAAGAUCACGCUUGUCCUUCAGCCUACAAGAAAGAUGUGCAGGUGCCAAUCUGUCCUCUGUGCGGGGAUCCUGUACCGACGCCCCGAGACGUGUCGCCAGACGUUACCGUGGGGGCACACAUAGACCAGUUCUGUAAAUCGGAGCGAAAGAAAAUCUACACCAACCGCUGUUCCUACCGCAACUGCAAAAAGAAGGAGCUUAUCCCUGUGAACUGUAGUGUGUGUAAGCUUAACUUUUGCCUAAAGCAUCGCCAUACGACCGACCACGAGUGUCAGGGUUCCGCGGCCGGCCAGAGGAAUCUCACAGCAACUGCCGCCAUUCAACGUCAAGCCUCGAAAACAAAUGCCUUGAAUCCGUUCUCGGCCAGACCAAGUGCCGUCAGUGCUCGUUCCGUUAGCAGCUCGGUUAACGAGCACAUAGCUAUCGUUCAGGGUGGAAUGUCGGAGGAUGAAGCGUUAGCGCGUGCCCUGGCCUUAUCGAUGCAGGACGAGGACGCCCAACAGCAACGAAGCAACGAUGCACGAAAUCCAUCCAACAAUCCAAGAGGAAUUGCCGUUGGCAAUGGCAACAGCACCAGCGGCUCAAAAGAUCGAUGUAAUCUUUCGUGAAACCCCUGUCCGCCUAGCGGCUUAGGACCAUUCCAACUAUCACAGUCGAAGAAGACAAUCAGCGAAUCAGAUGGGCAUCUAUUGAAGGAAUUUUGUUAUAUGUUUUGUUGUAUGUUUCGGAUAGAGCUUGAAGGACACGGUUGCUUUAACUUUUACUACUAGCAGCAGCACCAAAUGAAAGAUUAUGACGUGUUUUUAACCAUGAAUACAAUUAUAUUUAUGCAUAUUUAAAUUCA